AAUCAAUAUACGCAAUGCAGGCAAACAGAGCGUGUGUCAGGUGAUAAGCAACAAAUCUCAAACGUCGUUUAGAAAACGGUCCCGUCCGAAUAGGACUAGUGACAGAAAAUGCUUUUGUUUCCACAGAAUCUGUACUCGUUUUUCAGAGCAAUGAUGAACCUCUUCAUUUUCGUCCCAGUGUGGGUUUUACAGCAUGGUGUGUCUGGUUUUGAUACAGAUCUAGAGUCAGUGAUUGUGAUGGAGGGAGAUUCAGUCACGCUACACACUGAUGUUAAAACAAAUCAACAUGAAAAGAUUAAAUGGUUUUUUAAUGACACUCGUAUCGCUCAAAUCAGUGACUAUCUCAGUAGGACCUGCACAGAUGUUGAGUGUAAUGAAGACACUGAGAGAUUCAGAGACAGACUGAAGCUGGAUCAUCAGACUGGAUCUCUGACCAUCAUGAACAUCACAAACACAGACUCUGGACUUUAUCGACUACAGAUCAUCAGCAGCAACAGCAUCAGUAAAAAGCUCUUUAGUAUCACUGUCCAUGUUCCUGGUUCGAAGACAGACAAAGCGGGAGGAUCUUUUACUUUAGAUUCUGGUGUGAUGAAAAACCCCAACGCUUUGAUGACGUGGUACUUCAAUGACACUUUCAUAGCAAAAAUGAAUGGCGAUCCCAGUAGGAUCUGUAUAGAUGAUCAGUGUGAAUAUGCUGAUGAGAGAUUCAGAGACAGACUGAAGAUCAAUCAUCAGACUGGAUCUCUGACCAUCACAAACACCAGAACCACAGACUCUGGAGAUUAUUAUCUUGAGAUCAUAACCAACAGCAGCAGCAUCCACCGGCACCACAUUGUCAGCUUUGUCGAUGAAAAGGGCUUCAGUGCUCCCAUCACUGGCCAGUUUAUUUCAGGCAAUUGGAUUGUGUGUUUAUUUGCUGUAGCAGCAGCAUGUGUUCUUCUGGCCAUUACAGAAAGUCACAUGAUGCAGUUUUGUUCUUGCGUGCCAUUUAAACAGAAACAGCCAAAUUCUUCCUGAAAAGUUGAGAAUGGUGUAGAAAAUUUACCUGUUAAAAAAGACCAUCCUGCAUCCCUCAUUAAAUAAUCUGGUAGACAUAUA